CUCAUUAUUAUUACUGCAUUUUAUGUAUAUACUUACUUAAGUUGGAUAAUCUUAUGAUUUCUAGUAAUUUUAUGAAACUAUGGACGACAUAGAAAUCAAUCCCUUAAAAGAAGAGACAGAUGAUAUUGAAGGAAGUAACUAUGAACCAUCAAAAUUUAAAGUUAUCAGGAAAAAUGAUACAGGAUUUCUAGUUCUCAUUGUUCUUUCAGGAUCAAUGUUUUCUCUAUAUCUCGGUUUAUCAUUCGUGUGGCCUUCGUCAGUAAUACCAAAAUUGGAAUCUAAUGUAACCGAAGAAAAUCCUUUAGGCAGACGUAUAACGACUUUUGAAACUUCUAUGUUAGCAGGCCUACCGAUAAUAGGGAUAUUACUUGGACCAAUAGUAAUAGGUUAUGUGUCGGAAUUAGUUGGAAGAAAAGGAUCUAUAGAAAUUGCGAGUCUUGGAAUAAUUGUUUCAAUUUUAGCGUUAUCAUCUAGUAUUAACAUCAUUUGUAUUAUAACUUUUAGAUGCGGUUAUUCUUUUUUUGUUACUGGUGCAGCAAAUGUAUUUUUUAUAUAUGUAAUAGAAAUCUGCGAGGACCACAACAGAGCUAAGUAUAGUUGUUUAGCUCUUGCUUUUUCACCCAUUGGUUACACGUUAGGUUAUAGCAUUGGAGCAGCUCUAAAUUUUAAAAAUUUCAAUUUAGUCGAAUUAAGUCCAAUGAUAUUAUUAUUCAUCUUCUUCUUCCUUGCCCCCGAAUCUCCAAUUUAUAAUUUAUCAAAACACAAAACAGAAAAAUGUAUGAAAGAUAUCAAGAGAUUAAGACAUAAUAAAAGCGAAAGAGAAUUGCAGAUAGAUUUACGUAACAUCUAUAGUACUAUUCAAACAUCAAAGAAAAUAUCGGAAGAAAAAAUGUUGUUAAUAAAACUAGUUAGUACAAAAGAAAAAAGAUACUCAUUAAUGUUGGCAUCUUCUUUAGCCAUUUUACAAAUAUUUUGUGCAUUCGGUAUCAUUAUACCUUUCAUGGAACCUAUUUUCAUAGCGACUGAAACGAAAUUCAACAGUAGUCAUUUACCUAUAAUUGCAGCUUCAUUCAAAGUUAUCGCUUGCACUGCAGCGUCGUUUAUCGUGGAAAAAUGCGGAAGAAGACCAUUACUUAUAAUUUCAGCAAUGGGAUCAGGAGUGCUUUUGUUGGUACUAGGUUGUUUCUUCUAUUUGAAAUAUAUCGAAUCUCCUCUAAUCUACCAAAUGCAAUGGUUACCUUUAGCUUGUAUUAUAAGUUAUACUCUUUUGUCAUCUUUCGGAAUAUUUCUAAUACCAUUAGUAACUAUUGGCGAGUUAUUUACACCAGAUGUUCGAUCGACGGGCAUAUCUGUUGUAUCUAUAGUUUUUUCAAUGUUAUUAUUCUUUUCUUCGGGUACUUAUCCCUAUAUUGUUGAAUAUAUAGGCAUGCAUUGGUGCUUAUGGUUAUACGGAUCCUUAAGUUUAUUAUCCGCUCUAAUUAUUUACUUAAUAAUUCCUGAAACUAGCGGAAAAAGCAUCAACGAAAUACAAGCAAACAUUAAAGCACUUUGUAAUAAAUGAAUCCAAUCGAGAUUGAUUGAGUUCAAUAAAUUAUUAUGGCAAAUAUUUUAUCUUUCUAUAUAAUACAUUGGGGUACAGAGAUUGAUCACUUACAUCAAUGUACUACUCUUCAAUUACUUCAAACUUGUAUAACACGAGGCCUUUAUUCAAUUUCGGUUUUUUGUUCUAAAACUAAAUUACGUAGUGGUAGGAAGCGUGUAUGCGAAUUCGCUUGCUAUACAACUGUCUCAUUUCGGGCUCCUAUCCCUGUGUCGAUGUCGAAAUACUAUUAUCACUCUCGCCAAGUUGAAGGAUGUAGAGCUGAGGAUAAACAUCGCUGUGUAAUGUAUCAAUGACUGUGCUUUGAGACCAUGAUAUAUGAAAUUAACUGAAGGCGAAAUGAAUCUACACACACUCCAGCAACAAACCAAAAAAAAUCGAAUAAAAUUUAACGGACGAAAAUGAUGUUUUUCUUUUAUGAAAUAAGUGAGAAGUCACUUACCUCAGAUAACUAUCACUAUCAUCUACUUCAAUUAAUUGAGACUUUUAUACUAAUGAAGAACAUCAAGACGUUGUAAGAACCUACCUGAGCUUACUGGUGAUAGAUUGUAUAUAUGACUAUACAAAUGUUUUGGUAAUAAAAUCAGAGCUUUCGCUUAGUUUUUACAAGUUUCUAAAGAUUUGAAUUUAAAACUUACCAUAAAUUAUGUGAAUUCCCGACUCAGUGAACCACUUGAGGUGAAAUAAUCAACAGAUUAUUUCUUGUUAAUCGUAAGGAAUGUAUAAAUCUGUAAUUUGGGUGGAAGUAACAACAAAAUAGGUUGAUGCAAGUGUUCCCAUUGAAUUCAUUAUUUUAUUAAGACAUUAAAUCUAGAUUCAAUCACUCACUUUGAAAAUUAUUCAUGUAAAUAUUGAUAUGUUUAAUUAGAUGUCAGGUGUUCUAGAUUUAGCUUUAGAUUUAGAUUAGAUUUAGAUAGAUUUAGAUUUAGAGGUAGCUAAAUUCUUCGUCAUAAAUUUUAUUGAUUAUCCAGAUUGUGUGCAUAUUCUCUCUACAAAAAAAAAUAGAAAAAUUCAUGCUUCACAUCCAAUACUGAAUUGUGCAUACUAUAAUAGAAUACAGAAACGCAAAUCCUAGAGGUUUGCUCGAAAUAUUGAAAAUCUGCAUGCCAUAAAAGAGGCGAAGCAUAAGCAAAAACUUAUCAAAAAUGUUUUGUUACGUGUAAUCAACAAUCAACUACUCUUACCUUUCGUUUGUAAAAUAAUUUUUGUGAUUCAUUUGAAAUAAACUAAAUUCAUGGUACACAUACGAUAAUUUUCUUCUUAUUUUAUUCAAGUAAUUCAUCAAUUUCUUAACACUACGUAUUUGAUUAGGAGGGCCAGUCAAUUUACCUCAAAUACAGCUGCUUUGUAUUUGGGGCUGGGUAAAAUCAGUUUGCUGUAACUAUACAAUAUCUAAUACAUCUCUGAAAGGAAUGGAUGAUGAAUGUGAUAAAAUUCGGAAUGAUUAAGAAUUUUUAAUAAGUAAAUCCUUAAAGUAAUGAUUGGAUUUAUAUAUUGUGGCCAAUGGCCAUUAUUUGGAGCAUAUUUCAAGAAAUAAUGUGUUCUCUUAGAGAUGCUUAAAAAGCAAGUUAUAUCAAAUCAUGUAUGGUAUCUGAAGUGAAAACGCUGUAUAUCUAGUCUAAGCAAAAAAUGAAAUAUAUAACUCAAAUAUAAAUAUAUUUAUUUGUGUUUUGAAGCAAUAGCUUCGUCAAUGUCGAUUAUAAUACAAACAAAUGUUGUAAGAAAUCGAUAAAUACAUUUUUAAAUUGUGUGUAA